AUGGCUCAUACCAAAUUGUCGCGGGUCAAUCCGCUGGCAUUCACUCCAUGGCCGGUCACUAUCAUCACCGCGAUUGUGUAUCUGGCGCUGGUAAUCCCUCUGCUCGUCAUCCACCACAUCGUGCCGUCAGCUCCUAGCUCCGAACCGAACGGAUUGAACAUCACCGAGGCCUGGGCCGAUCUUCAGAUCCUCUCCAGCAGUUUCCAUCCCUACAACUCCCGCCGCAACGACGUCGUCCAUGAUUGGCUGCUCACCCGGAUCGACGAGAUCGUGAAAGCCGCGUCCCCGGGAUUGCCUGAUGAAGAGAAACCCGACGUGUUCGUCUUCGACGACAACCGCUCGAACCUGACAUUCACCGGCAGCACGAUCACUGCAUCCGAGCUCGGGGUAUAUUUUGAAGGCACCAAUAUCAUCGUCUAUAUUCGGCGCCCAGGUGAUAAUCAGGACGAGUGGUGGGAGGACCCGAACGGAACGCCGAAGGACCCGGGAGGGGUGCUGGUGAACUCCCAUUACGACAGCGUCUCGACGGGAUUCGGAGCCACCGAUGACGGGGUCGGCGUCGUAACCUGCCUGCAGCUGAUCAAAUACUUCACGGCGCCGGGAAAUGCCCCGCGACGGGGCCUGGUGGUGUUGUUCAACAAUGGCGAGGAGGACUUCCUGAACGGAGCGCGCGUGUACAGCCAACAUCCGAUCUCCCGCUUGCCUCAUACGUUCCUGAACCUGGAGGGUGCUGGCGCCGGCGGUCGCGCGGCCCUCUUCCGCAGCACAGACACCGAGGUGACCCGGCCGUAUCUGCAAUCGCCGCACCCGUUCGGCUCGGUGCUGGCGGCUAACGGGUUCGACAUGCAUUUGAUCAGCAGCCAGACUGACUAUGUGGUUUUCAACGGCGAUCUAGGGCUGCGCGGGCUGGAUGUGGCGUUCAUUGAGCCGCGAGCCAGGUAUCAUACGAACCAGGAUGACGCGCGACAUACGAGCAAGGACUCGCUUUGGCAUAUGCUCUCGGCUGCGGUGGCCACCACGACGGAAUUGGUAUCUGACGCGAGCAACCAGUUUGAUGGCCCGGCGUCUGGGGAUCAUGACAAGAUCGCCAGCGGCACCGGAUCGAAAGCUGUCUGGUUCGACCUGUUCGGCAGUACCUUCGUCGUGUUUCAGCUGCACACACUGUUUGCCUUGUCGGUGACGCUGCUCAUCGUGGCUCCUUUGACCCUGCUCUUCACGAGCAUCGCCCUCACGCGAGCCGACAAGAUGUACCUGUUCCGCUCGUCAGCCAAGUCGGAGGAUGGUCUCGAGACGGUCUCGUUGCAAGGUCUUCGGGGCUUCUUCCGGUUCCCGUCGCUGUUUGUGAUUCCGACCGGCGUCACCGUGGGGCUAGCCUACCUGGUAACGAAGGUGAAUCCAUUCAUCGUCCAUAGUAGCGAGUAUUCCGUCUGGAGCAUGAUGAUCUCAGCCUGGUUGUUCCUGGCUUGGUUCGUCUCGCGGGUAGCCGAUUUCGCUCGACCGUCGGCCUUGCACCGCGUCUACACCCUCACGUGGCUGUUUGUCGUGGCGUGGGUUCUACAGGUCAUUGCCACCGUUUACAUUCAUCAGAGAGGACUAGCGGGAGGAUACUUUAUCUUCUUUUUGUACUCUGGCGUCUUCCUUGCCACCUGGAUCUCAUACCUGGAGCUCUUCUCCCUGCCGCGGAAGACAGAGUAUGCCAACCAGGUCCGGCCGGUUUCGAGGCGGCCUAGCAGCUACGGUAGUCGACUGGGCACGGCGCACAGCCACCGGGACGAUGGGGUGGAGGAGAAUGAAGGGGGAGAGGAAGACGAAACCGAUCCGGAUGCCGAGGAGGAGCCGACGGAGUCGACGUCCCUGCUGGGCGGUGGACAACGGACGACCUUUGCCAAUUACGUGCGGGUGGCCGGCGAGCAUGGGUAUUACACGGAUCGAGACGAGGAGGAUGAGAACCCUCAGGUCUACGGUCGCGAGCAGGCCUGGAGCUUGCACCUGCCCAAAUGGACAUGGGUCUUGCAGUUUCUCCUCAUCGCGCCGAUCGUCCUGAUUUUGGUAGGCCCUCUUGCGCUACUGCUUACCAGUGCGCUCCACCAGACGGGACAGGACGGCAGCCCUCGCCUGUUCGUAUAUAUCGCCGUGGCCGUCUUGACCACGCUCCUCCUCCUGCCACUCCUCCCUUUCAUCCACCGCUACACCUACCACCUGCCGAUGUUCUUACUGCUGGUGUUGCUGGGCACGCUGGUGUACAAUCUGGUUGCGUUCCCCUUCUCGGAGAGCAACCGAGUGAAGCUCUACUUCAUGCAGGAGGUCGACCUAGACAACGGCAGCAAUCAGGCGUCGCUGACGGGCAUGCUGCCAUUUGUGGAGGACGUGGCCAAGGAUCUCCCCAGUGCCGCCGGACAAAAUGUCAGCUGCGCGUGGCUUGGCAAUCGCAGCAAGUGCGCCUGGGCCGGGCUGACUCCCCUGGUCGCGGCGCAGCACCCCGACGAGCGCCAACCACCAAUGGCCGACUGGGUCUCGUUCAACAUCUCCCGGUGGACCAAUGACUCGCGGGCCCGCUUCGAGGUGUCGGGGCUAAAUACGCGCGCCUGCAAAAUCGUCUUUGACCGGCCCAUCUCCGGCUUCCACGUUGACGACGGCGCCGUCGAUCCUCGCUUCCCGCACACCUCCCCCACGGGCAUCAGGGAGGUACGGCUGUGGAGCCGCACCUGGGACCGAACCUGGCACGUCGACGUCGAAUGGACGGAGGAGCAGGACGCAGCCGACCAGGAUCUCAGCGGGCGUGUCGUGUGCCUCUGGAGCGAUCACAACCAGGUCGGGCUGAUUCCCGCCCUGGAUGAAAUCAUGCAGUUCGCGCCGGUGUGGGUAGCGGUGAGUAAACUGACGGAUGGAUUGGUGGAGGGAAGUCGGGCGUUUAGCAUUUAG